UUCAAAAGGAGAAAAGCUGAAAGUGAAGCGGGCUCCGAGCAGGGCAGGGAGCUCCCAGACAGAGCCAGCGAGGAAAAUGAAGCUCCCUAUCUUCAUAGCAGAUGCAUUCACAGCGACAGCUUUCAGGGGCAAUCCUGCCGCAGUCUGCCUCCUGGAGAGCACACUGGAGGAAGACGCCCAUCAGCAAAUUGCGAGGGAGAUGAACCUCUCAGAAACGGCUUUCAUCAGGAAACUGCAGCCGACCGACAGCUUCACACAAAGUUCUCGCUUUGGACUAAGAUGGUUUACGCCAGUGAGUGAAGUCCCCUUGUGUGGCCACGCCACGCUGGCCUCUGCGGCUGUGCUGUUUCAUAAAAUAAAGAACAUGAACAGCACCCUGACCUUUGUGACUCUGAGUGGGGAACUAAAGGCCAGAAGAGCAGAAGAUGGGAUCGUCCUGGACUUUCCUGUCUACCCAACCUUUCCCCAGGACUUCCAUGAAGUUGAAGGCUUGAUAAAGACAGCCAUAGGUGACACCCUGGUCCAGGACAUCCGGUACUCUCCAGAUACCCGAAAACUCCUGGUCCGGCUCAGUGAUUCUUACGACAGGUCCUUUCUAGAGAGCCUGAAGGUGAACACAGAGCCUCUGCCUGGAGUUGAGAAGACAGGGAAGGUGAGAGGCCUCAUCCUCACUCUCAGAGGAGAGCCUGGGGCGCAGACGGCCCCGUAUGACUUCUACUCCAGAUACUUCGCGCCGUGGGUUGGUAUUGCCGAAGACCCGGUGACAGGAUCUGCACACACCGUUCUCAGCAGUUACUGGUCCCAGCAGCUCAGGAAGAAAGAGAUGCGAGCCUUUCAGUGUUCCCGCCGAGGAGGGGAGCUGGACAUUUCCCUGCGAUCCGAUGGGCGCGUUGACAUAAAGGGCGGAGCUGUUAUUGUCUUGGAGGGCACGCUGACUGCCUAGAGAAGCUGCUGCUGGGCUUGGGGCCACUGCUCCACAAGGUGUCUUCUCUAGAGCCCAGAACCCAACCCAACCCAACCCAACAGUAAAUGCACAGAGCUCGGUUCAGUCCUCGUGUGAACCCAAAAGGGAAGACGGAGGUGCGGUAGUGUGUCCAGAAUCCUUUCCCGACGGUGGGCUCUGGGUUCUGCCUGUGUGCAUCUUCAGUCCCCACAGCAGACACGGAUGCUGACCCUUUUGAUCAUGACUGCCAAUCAAAGUGAGAGAUGCACUGAUGAGGAGCCAGAGGAUGCCAUUUCAAUUCAGGUGUGGGUACCUUAGGGCAUGUCACAGCCCUUUAGAAGAAUAAAUAGCUGUGUAGAAAUGUUGUGUGGCCAAAAAAACAUUUUCUCCCUGCCCCCGAAGGCUCCAAAGACCAACCAAGGUACACUGCCACCAAAGUUGCCCUAGGGCACCAAUGAGUUAUCGGGCUUCCUUACAGAGCAGAGGUGAAGGUUUCCUUACAGCAGUGUGGGUUCCAUUCCCUAAAAUGUGGCACCAGAAGGGCUUUUACGCAGCAUCGAUGGUGACCUUCCUAUAGUGGCACAGAUGGAGCCCAGCUCCCCUAAUCUCUGGCCUGUGUCCUCCAGCCUCUUUGAGGUCAUGUGUGACUAGGGCAGCGUUGCAUAGCACAGGAGGUAGGAAGUGGCUGGAUUCUCAGAUGAGGCCCCGUGGUCCCCCCAUCCCUCUAUGAGGAAGGAGAUGUAAACGGUCACCAGGCCCAGCUGGGAUGAUCUUUGGCAAGUGCGCACAGCUGAACUCCUGAAGAUGCAAGUUGCUUGGCUCAGGGUAUGGUCCUGAGCAACAUGCAGGAAUCCAUCUCUCGAUGUAAUAAUACUAGGAAAGACAGUAGAUUGAAAACUGUCGGGAGACUGUGAUGCAGCGCAGGGUUGUGGGUUCGUAUGGGCUGUGAGGUCAGCAAAAUGAAACAGUCCAUGUUGGAGGACAAUGGAGAGUAAUUUCUGUGAGCUAAUAAAAAAAAAAAAAAAAAAAAAAGAGUUGGGGGCUUGCUGAGUGGCUCAAACGCUUGCUGCCAAGGCUGACAACCUGAGUUCGAAUCCUGGGACCCGUACUGUAGAAGCAGAGACUCAACUCCUACAUGCUGUCCUCUGACCUACGUACACAUAGGUGCUAUAGCAUGCACACACCCACACGUAUACAUGCAU